AUGUCUAGUAACCAAUCGUUUGAUGAAACUACUGACGGUAAGAAUACUGAAGAUGGAGAGGAUAAUACAACAGGAACUUUGCCUAUUACAUCUUACUUUACUUCUUGUAAAAGACCUACAGAAAAAAGUUCAAACCAAAAUGUAAUGCAAAAAAAAAAAGUAAGCCCGAAAGCAGUUGG